AUUGAGUAUUGUUUCUUGCUGUAAUGAUAAUGAUAGUGACAUUUUGAUGACAACAGUUGAUUCUUGAAUCCUAGUUACAGUUAAACUGUCUUCCUCACGAAAUACAAAUCAAUGAAAAAAAAGAGCAUGAUAAAAGCACCAAAAACGACAAAAGAUGGGAGAAUGAAAUUGAAAAGGUUGGUUGGUAAAAGGGUUAAUCAAGCAUGGAGACUUUUGGAUGGAGAUAUGAAGUAAAGAAUUAGUUGAAACAUCCUUUUUUUGUAAGAAAAAUACUGCUGAUAAUCAAAAAUUAUUAUUAUUGUUAUUUUAACUUUCAAGUUAAUCAUUUUCAACAGUUAAAACAAAGACAAAGAUUUAAUUGCGUGAUUAUCUGUUGCCUAAUUGACCAAAAAUAACGACACAAUACGAUUAAUGGAAGAUGUUAAUCGAUAUAUCGUCAAAAGGCGCUUUCCUUGCUGUUAAAGUGAACAUUUUCAAAGCAAUAUUGCGUGUUUAAAGAGCCACAUGAUUAUCAUUGAUGAACAAUUAGUUAAUCCAAUUUCAGCCAUUUCAAAUUUCAGGCCUUAAUUUGAAAUGAAUUUGAUUUUCAUUGGAUUGCCUGACAACUCUCCAAAAUAGCUAAAUCUGGUCUCAAGAAAUGGGUUUAGUCGAGACUUUCAUUUUACUUCAAGCAGAUAUUUUACUCAUCUUUUAAUCAUCAAAUAUUGUAAAUUGUGAAUUUAAACCGAUUGCAGCUUCUAUUGUCAGGUAAUUGUAAUCAGGUUACAAGACUGUAAUAGACCUCAAAGAGUCUAAUGUUUAAUAAUGACCAUAAUUUGAGCUUUUGUCAAACCAUAACAAUGUGUUUACACACAAAAUCUGGUUAAUAAGGUUAUGAUUGGCUUGUUUCAUUCAUGAUUUUGAAUCAGUUUCUGACUGAAGCUCAUUUCAAGUACCACUGAGCUAUUAAUAUAUUGUUUAGAGUCACAGAUGUUCACUUUGUCACAACCAAUAUUAUCAAUAAAAGGUGUUGAUUCAUUGAUUUUGAUUCCCGUAAUACCUUGAACCAGAUAUCGAGUGAAAGAGAUGAACAUUUCCUAACAGCUCAGUUACCAGUUGAUUUGGGUUCAGGUGUCGAUGUAACAUUGUUGAAUACAUAUUUAUGUUGAAAAAAAAGUAUGGCCAUAAGCAAGUUCGUAGCCACUGGCCCAUAACUGUCAGAAAAGUGUAGAUGUAAUAAAAUAGUAAAGGAAAAGAUUUAGAGAAAUAAAGAAAGAUAAAUAGACAGAGAAGAAGAAGACAUUGAACUGAUGAUGAGGUCGGGAGAUCAUGCGAGUGAGCGGUGAAUGAGUGUAACAACACAAAAAAACAUCAACAAGAGCUGUAACAUUCACAGUCAACACCAGCCUGUUGCAAGUAUAUGUAAAGAUUCAACUGACUAACUGUUGACGCUUUUUUCUUCUUGUCCUUUCUAUUUCCUCCCUUUCAUUUUUGCUGUCUUUCUUAGCCAUUUAUCUGUUUAUUAAGAGUACCAACGGACUAAUAGGAUAAUUAACAAAUUAAUUUGAUGUGUAAUUCCGUUUCUACUAUCAUGUUUCAAUAUGGUUUACUUUGGUAAAAUUGGUGUCUUCACUCAUCUUUCCCUCCUUAUGUUACCCAUUGGACUAACUUUAUUCACAUGUUAAUGGUUACAACGCAACAACAUGUGAAGAGUACAAAGAGUUUAUAUUUCUUUCUUCCUUGUUUCUAAAUGAUUUGCUGUUAAACAAAAUUGUUGUUUCAAUCGUUAUUGAUUAUCUCUUUGUGUUCUUCUUGUGGAUUAACAUUCUGGUGUUUAUAACAAUUGACAGUGAAUCCAUACUUGACUUUCAUCGAUAACUAUGAAGCCAAAUAACAACCAAAUGUGAAGGUAACUCGGCAACAUUGUUUACUGUAUAACAAGAUUGGUUUCAAGGGAAGAAGACCUGGUUAAUCUAAUUUAAUUUUCCCAUUUUGUCUACCAACUGUUAUCAUCUUGUACAUAAUGUUUUACCAUUGGAACCAACAUGGAUUCAUAUUUUAUAUUAUGUCAUGCUAAUAUUAACAGUGAUUUUCUUCAAAAUUGUAAAUUCGAUUAAGGAUGAACAAAGCUGUUCCAUCCAAACAACAAAAGGUUUCUCAUCUGGCUUUUGUUAUGCACCUUCAACUUGCCGUUUUAUUUCCCUAUUGAUUCUUUUCAGAGAAAAGUCUUAAUUUUUCAAUCGUUUGAUUAACAAUUCAGUGUAAUAUGAUGAUGAUCCUUAUUAUCGUUUCCAACUUGUGAUUGUUUACAACUUUUAUCAUCUAAGCUGUUGUUAAUACCGAUCUUACCUGUGAGAAGUCAACAUUAUCCAACAUUUAGUUUUAUUUUACUAUUAUGAUAAAAUUUGUUUCCUCCAGUAACCAUUGUUUAACCAAGUCAUAAACCAAGAUGGUUGAUUAUUACGAAGAUUUGAGUAAAUCAAUCAACUUUGGGUCUCUAACGGACCCAACAACCAAAUACGAGUUGAUCCAUGUAAUUGGAGAGGGAACUUAUGGAGAAGUUUUUGAGGCAAAAGAUCGUGAAACAGGUCGAAAGGUUGCCAUCAAAAUUAUGGAAAAUAUCAGUGAUAAUAUUGAAGAAGUGGAAGAAGAAUACCUGAUCUUAACCAAUCAAAGUCUCCAUCCAAAUAUACCUUCAUUUUACGGAUUAUAUCUUAAAUUGGGAAACCGACGAGAGGAAGAUCAAUUAUGGUUUGUGCUGGAGCUGUGUUCGGGAGGAUCGGUCACUGAUUUGGUUCAAGGCCUGUGUAAGAAGGGUGAAAAGUUACCAGAACGGAUAAUAGCAUACAUCUUACGGGAAACCAUAGAUGCAUUGAACUAUCUGCACCAGAGCCAUAUCAUGCAUCGAGAUGUGAAAGGUCACAAUAUACUGUUGACAGAAGAAGGAGUAAUCAAAUUAAUUGAUUUUGGUGUCUCGUCUCAUCUGAAUAACAGCCAAGGGAAACGUAAUACAUCGGUUGGUACACCAUAUUGGAUGGCCCCUGAAGUGAUUGCAUGUGAACGACAAUUAGAGUAUGCUUAUGAUGUUAGGUGUGAUGUUUGGUCACUCGGGAUAACUGCAAUUGAACUGGCUGAUGGUGAGCCACCUUUAGCUCAAUUACAUCCAAUGAGAGCUUUAUUUCACAUACCAAGAAAUCCUCCGCCAAAAUUGAAAAAACCAUCAUGUUGGUCUGAGAUAUUUAACGAUUUCAUAGCUGAAUGCCUUGUAAAGGAUUAUGAACAACGUCCUCAGAUGUGCGAGCUUUUGUUGCACCCUUUCAUCGCACAAGUAGAUCGGAAACAUGAUGAGUUAGCAAUGGAGCUUAGAAAUUUAAUGUAUAAAGUACGAGGUUGCGGUUAUCCUAAACGAGUUCCUGAAGUAACCACGAAACAUGGUAAAUUAAAGGUUGAUCGUCGAUCGGAACCAUUGGCCAUUAUCCAUGACGAUCUUGCUUCAUUGGAAAAUUUGAAUCAAGAUAUUGUAAUUAAUCAUCUGUUUGAGAGAUUCAAAGAGGGUCAAAUUUAUACAUACAUCGGUGAUAUCCUAGUGGCAGUCAAUCCCUUUCGUCCAUUGGGUAUUUAUGAUGAAAAGCAUUCGUUCAUGUAUCGAAACAAGGCUAAAAAUGAAAAUCCUCCGCAUGUUUAUGCUCUCGCUGACUCGGCUUACCAUCAAAUGUUACACCAUCGUCGUAAUCAAUGUAUUGUUAUCUCGGGUGAAAGUGGAGCUGGUAAAACAGAAUCAGCUAAUUUUUUGUUAAAACAUUUAGUCUUCCUGGGUAAAGCACUCAAUCGUAACCUUGAAGAUAAAAUUCUUGAAAUUAAUCGAAUCAUGGAAGCAUUUGGUAAUGCUAAGACAGGUAUUAAUGACAAUUCAAGUCGAUUUGGUAAAUUUUUGGAUGUCACCUUCACCAAGACUGGUAAAGUUACCGGUGCCAAAUUAUAUGUUUACCUCUUGGAACGAUCAAGGGUUGUUUGGCAGCAAAACGGUGAACGAAACUAUCAUAUAUUUUAUUAUAUGUAUGAUGGUUUGGCCGAAGAGGGACGAAUCAACGAUUAUUUUUUGCAUGUACAUACUGAUUGUAGGUCUCAUCGUUUUCUUGGUGGCAAUCAACACGAUGCUAACAGCAUAAUGAGAAAUGUAGCUUCAUUUCGAGCUGUUAAACAAAGCUUUCAACUUCUUGGAUUCAGAGCAAAGGACACUGACUCAAUCCUUGCAAUUUUAGCGGCCAUACUUCACUUGGGAGACAUUCGCUUUGAGGAAGCCGAAGAGACUCACAAUUCAAACAAGUGUAAACUAACAAAUCCAAGUAUCAUUCCCAUUGUGGGUCAACUUUUACGUAUCGAUGCCAACAGUCUUGUAACCGCUUUAACCCGUAACACUGUGGUUACUCGUGGUGAGAGUAUAAUCAAAAAUCAUUCAGUCCAAGAGGCAGAAACAACGAGAGAUGCCAUGGCCAAAGCAAUUUAUGGUAGACUCUUUGAUUGGAUUGUUAAUCAAAUAAAUCGUCUUCUCUCACCGGGUAGAAUGGUUUAUGGUGAACCUUUAGCUGUUGGUUUAUUGGACAUUUUUGGGUUUGAAAAUUUUCGAACCAAUUCAUUUGAGCAACUUUGCAUAAAUAUUGCUAAUGAACAGAUGCAAUACUAUUUUAAUCAACACAUUUUCCGCUGGGAACAACAAGAGUACAUUUCCGAAGGAAUCGACGUUGAAUUGAUUCAGUUUUAUGACAAUAAACCGGUUCUUGACAUGUUUCUCGGUCGUCCUUUGGGAAUGCUGGUUCUGCUUGAUGAAGAAACUCAUUUUCCAAAUGCAACUGAUGCCUCAUUGAUUGAAAAGUUUCAUUCUAACAUUAAAAGUUCCUUCUACUUGAAACCUAAGUCAAAUGCACUCCAAUUCACUGUUAUGCAUUACGCUGGAAAGGUUACUUAUGAUGCUAGAAAUUUUUUAGAAAAGAAUCGUAAUUAUGUGCCACUUGAGGUGAUCCAAUUACUUCGCCAAUCGUCCGUGCCUAUUGUUAAAGCAUUAUUUGCCUGUCCAUUGACCAAAACUGGCCAUCUUUACAUUGGAUCUGAAAUUGAUUCUAGUUCAUCUAAUGAUACACCUAAUAAAAUUGAUGGCCUUUCAAAUGGAAAGAAUGGUUUUGAUUAUGAUCGUAAUGGGUUGGUUAGUCAAACACGAACUCAACAAACUGUGGCUACUUACUUUCGUUUCUCAUUAAUGGAUCUACUUCACAAAUUAACUAAUGGAGCUCCACAUUUUGUCCGUUGUAUUAAACCAAACGACUCUAAAUUAGCAAUGACACUGAGUAGGGAAAAGAUUGCUGAACAAUUGGCUUACACUGGAAUAAUGGAAACAAUCAAGAUUCGUCAAAUGGGCUUCUCUCACAGAAUUCCUUUCGCUGAGUUUUUACGAAGAUACAGUUUUCUUGUUUUCAGUUUUGAAGAAAAGGUUGUAGCUGAUAGAGAGACUUGUCGCCUUCUGUUGGUUCGUUUAGGUUUAGAUGGUUGGGCUUUGGGCAAAACAAAGGUUUUUCUCAAAUACUAUCACAUUGAAUAUUUAUCCAGAGUUUAUGAUGAAGUAGUCCAGAAAAUUAUUAGAGUACAAGCUUUUGCUCGACGUUGGUUGGCCAAGAAAAGAGCUGAAAAGGAACGGUGGAAUGUCGCUAGAUCCAUCUUGAUCAUGCAGAAGUAUGCUCGAGGUUGGCUGGCAAGAAAGCGAAUGAUGGAAGCGAAAAGUAAACCCAAUUAUGGAAAUAAUGACGGAUCUUCGAUUAGUCCAACAUCAACUCCUAAUCAAGCCAAAAGAGCUCGCUCUUAUGAAGCUAAUAUGAUGAUCUCAUCAUCGUCAUCUACUUCAUCAUCGUCUCCAUUGGUCCAUCAACAUUCCAACCCUAAUCAAAGCCAUAACCAACAACAACAACAACACCAAAGAAAUGGUCGUUGCCCAUAUUGGCAAUCUCCAGAUAAAGCAGCAGUUUUAAUCCAAAAAUAUGUUAGAGGCUAUUUAACUAGGAAAAAGGUUAAGCCGCACUUGGAUGAGAAUCGAAGAGUGAUUCCAGCUCCUAUUGUUCCACCACAUCAACGACAAAUAUUUGCAAAUGCAAAAGAUUAUUCCAAAUAUAACAAUCAUCAUGGUCAAUAUCACCACCAUUUACACCAACAACAACAUUUGCAGCAGCAAAAACAAGAGCAACUCUUGUCUUCCAAAGGAAACCAUUUUGUUGCCGAGAGAAUGAAAAUGUACCAAGCUUCGGUAGGAGUGAAUAAUAAUCAACCAUCUCAUCAGAUAUGGUCUCGAAAUCAGAAUGUUCACAACCAACUUCACUCAACUCGUCCACAAUGUCUCAAUAUUGGACCAAUGACACCUAAUGGUAAAAACGAGCAGCGAUCUACUGAUAAUAAUGACCAAUAUCCUGCUCAUUUCCUCCUUUCAUCCAAAAUUGGAAUCGACUAUGAUGUCCCGUACACUUUGGAAGAUCCUUGGGAUGCUCCAUUGAGAAAUCUUGAGAAAAACUUUAAUCAACCUCAAGCCGAGAUUAUUUCAGUUGGCAAAUUCCUAAGUGAAGACUAUAUGUUACAACAACGAUUAGAACACCAUGAAAAAGAGAAUCUAAUUUCUAGUAAAUGGUGGGAUUUAAUAAAACAAACAUCUGGAGAUAUUUUACAUGAUGAAAAAUCUGGUCUUGCAAGUGAAAGGUAUAACAAGGUGAAAUCAAACGAGCCCAAUGAAGUCAUUUCCCCGAAAAGCGUUACUAGUCCAUCUGAAGCGAACAAUGCCGGGAGUGGAAAAAAGGUUUUGGUUGAAGUUGAAAGUUGGUUUCAACGGUGUGGAGGAGGACAACCUUACAAUAUAUCACCAGAAACAGGUUCAGCCUCUGAUCAAGGUCCAUAUCAAUUUCGGAAAAUACUCAAACCAACGUCAACAGGAACCAAUAAAAGUGACGGAAGCAUGAGAAAAGCGUCAGCAACGGAAGAAUUUCCAUUUGACUUUCGUAAAUUACUUCGUCGGACUGAACACGCUCCAACAGAUACACUGAAAAGAUGCAAGGGAAUAAUGUCACCGCAAUAAUUGGCCACCAAAUAAAAAGCAAAAAUAAACCAAAGAGUUUAAUCCAUUUGCUUGACCAUCAUCAUCACCAUAAUUUAAUCACCAUCAAAUUUUGUCUUUCUUUUAAUCUCUUUCAAAGGAUCACCAUUCAGUAUUUAUUUUAUUUAUUCAUUUGCACCUGUGUGUGAAUAUGUUGAAUUAUAUUAUCAAUUUUAUGUUUUCACUCAUUACUCGGUGAUUUUUAAUCACCACAAAAAAGACUUCAAAUAACGUGCAAUCAACUAUCUCUGCAAGUGGAAGGAGAUCAAUCUAUUUGUUGACAAUCUAGUUCGGACUAAGAUUAUUUUUAAUUUGUAAUAUUAUUAAUCGUUAAUACUUCAUGUUAAUUGAAAUAUUUAAAAAUUAUAAGAUUUUAUUUUUUC